UAAUUUUAUUACAUCACAUCGAUAGCGUUUUCUCUCAUGGGUGUCUCGGUGGUAUAUUCCGAACGUUUAUAUCAUUUGACGUUUUCGAAUUCACAUUAUAUGAUACGUGGUGCAGUAUUACAGAUUAUAUUAAAGGUUUCAUGUAAUCUGUGGCAGUACUAUGGCAUUAACGCCUCACGUGUGGUCGUCUUUACGUGAAUAUUUCUGUUUAAUAAUAUUGAGUGCAACUCAAAAUUGAUAAAUCGAAAAAAAUAAAGUAAAAUGAGUGUCAUGAAAAAUUACGGAGUUUGUGUUGUAUGCAAUAACUGGAAACAUACCUUUACGCUUCAUAAAUUUCCUUCUAAUUUGGAUCAAAGGCGUCUGUGGCUAAAGAAGAUUGGUUUGCAGGAGAAGGAUUAUAAAAACUCGGACAGACUUUGUUCCGUCCAUUUCAAGGAGUCAUGUUUUAUAGGCAUACGAAAAAAAUUCUUAGCACCCGGAUCAAUUCCUACGAAGUUUCCUCCGGGACGAGGAAAUAAAAAAUUUACUUAUCCAUCCACAUUUAAGAAAUAUAAAAAUGUCAAUCGUUAUAAAGUAUGGGUUUGUAAAAUUUGUAAGAAAUACGUGGCAAACAAAGAAAAUGUAUGGAAACAUUUAACCAUGUGUAACGAAAUAAACCCAUAUUUUGAUGCCAAAACGGUUCUAAGUAAGGAAGAAGGUGUGGAACAAACGGAAGAAUUUAUAUUCGUAUCUUCAGAAUAUCCUCAAACAUGGAUAUGUAAUUAUUGUAAUACAUAUAUUUUAAAUGAAUCGUCAGUUAACAAACAUACUUGUCGUUAGUUCAUUAAAUAUUUGUUAUUUUAUGGCCGUUUUUAAUAUAUUAAUAUAC